GAGACGCCCUGCUUGCCGUCGUCCCGCCCCCAUUUCGCCGCAUGGCUUCCUGGGAGUGGUAGUCCCCAGUCCGGCCGCCCCGGCGAUAGUAGCGAGGUGCGCCGGACCGCGGAACUACAGGGGGCGGUGCGCAGGUCCAGGCUCUUCCGACUCGCCUUUCCCUCCCAGCUUGCGCGCCCGCCCCAGCUAUCAUGGCGGCUCCCUUGGCCCUGGUGCUGGUGGUGGCCGUGACCGUGCGGGCGGCCUUGUUCCGCUCCAGUCUGGCCGAGUUCAUCUCGGAGCGGGUGGAGGUGGUGUCCCCACUGAGCUCCUGGAAGAGAGUGGUUGAAGGCCUCUCACUGUUGGACUUGGGAGUGUCUCCUUAUUCUGGAGCAGUAUUUCAUGAAACUCCAUUAAUAAUAUACCUCUUUCAUUUUCUGAUUGACUAUGCUGAAUUGGUAUUUAUGAUCACUGAUGCACUUACUGCCAUUGCUCUGUAUUUUGCAAUCCAGGACUUCAAUAAAGUUGUGUUUAAAAAACAGAAACUCCUCCUAGAACUAGACCAGUAUGCCCCCGAUGUGGCUGAACUCAUCCGAACCCCUAUGGAAAUGCGUUACAUCCCUCUGAAAGUGGCCAUGUUCUAUCUUUUAAAUCCCUACACGAUCUUGUCUUGUGUUGCCAAGUCUACCUGCGCCAUCAACAACACCCUCAUUGCUUUCUUCAUUUUGGCCACAAUGAAAGGUAGUGCCUUCCUCAGUGCUAUCUUUCUUGCCUUAGCAACGUACCAAUCUCUGUACCCACUCACCUUGUUUGUCCCAGGACUCCUCUAUCUCCUUCAGCGGCAGUACAUACCUGUGAAGGUGAAGAGCAAAGCCUUUUGGAUCUUCUCUUGGGAGUAUGCCAUGAUGUAUGUGGGAAGUCUAGUGGUAGUCGUUUGCCUCUCCUUCUUCCUUCUCAGUUCCUGGGAUUUCAUCCCUGCAGUCUAUGGCUUCAUACUUUCUGUUCCAGAUCUCACCCCGAACAUUGGUCUCUUCUGGUACUUUUUUGCAGAGAUGUUUGAGCACUUCAGCCUCUUCUUUGUGUGUGUGUUUCAGAUCAACGUCUUCUUCUACACCAUCCCCUUAGCUAUAAAGCUGAAGGAGCACCCUAUCUUCUUCAUGUUCAUCCAGAUUGCCAUCAUCGCCAUCUUCAAGUCCUACCCGACGGUGGGGGAUGUGGCCCUCUACAUGGCCUUCUUCCCCGUGUGGAACCAUCUCUACAGAUUUCUGCGAAACAUAUUUGUCCUCGCCUGCAUCAUCAUCAUCUGCUCCCUGCUCUUCCCUGUCCUGUGGCAUCUCUGGAUUUAUGCAGGAAGUGCCAACUCCAACUUCUUUUAUGCCAUCACACUGACCUUCAACAUUGGGCAGAUCCUGCUCAUCUCCGAUUAUUUCUAUGCCUUCCUGCGGCGCGAGUACUACCUCACACACGGCCUCUACCUGACCACCAAGGACGGCACGGAGGCCAUGCUUGUGCUCAAGUAGGCCUGGCUGGGCACAAGGCUGCACAGACUUCCGGGGUGAAAGGGCCAGCAGCUGGGCCAAGCCCUCUAACCAGAGUUGCCAGUAGGCAAGUCCAAGGGCAGAUGAGGUUUGAGUCCAGGGUGACUACUGACUGGUACCAGUGAGGAGCCAAGGCCAGCAGCAAGGUCCGUGGGGGGAGUCACCAGGAGCAUCUCCCCUUGGAUCGCCCACUUUGUGGCUCUACAUACCAAGGAGCCCUCCCUCCCAAGCAGGAAAGGGGACGAAGCAGGUGAGCAGGGUUUGUUAGGUUGUGGCUACUUAAUAAAUGUUUUUUGUUACGAAAACGUCUA